AUGGAGACUUCAGCUCCAACAGCCACUGAGAAGAAGGAGUGUAAGGGUUCAGGUCUGGAUGGAAGCAGCUUCUCGGAAAUCCCAAAGAAGCCCUCGCCCACCACGCUGACCAGAGGUGCCCACCACCUCUUCCCCACGUUUCACACACCCAUCCCCAUCGACAUGAGACACCAUGAAGGGCGAUACCAUUAUGAGCCACACCCACUCCACGCCAUGCAUGGACCUCCAGGACUGACGGGCAGUCCAGUCAUCUCAGAUAUUUCCCUAAUCCGUCUAUCACCCCACGUGGCGCCCGGGACGAGUGAGUCACCGUUCAGCCCUCCACAUCCUUACGUAAGCCCUCACAUGGAGCACUACCUACGAUCAGUACACGGCAGCCCCACCCUCUCCAUGAUCUCAGCGGCCCGAGGACUGAGCCCUGCAGAAGUGACCCACGAACACCUGAAGGACCGCGCCCUCUUCAGUCUCCCCCCUCCACCACCAGGGGCCAACCCCACAGAGUACUACCACCUGAUGGCGAGUGCCAGCCAGCGAAGCCCCUACGGUGACCUGCUGAUGCAGAGCAGUGCAGCAGCAGCAGCAGCAGCAGCGGCAGCAGCAGCAUCAGCAGCAGCAGCGCACCUCCCAGAUUAUAUCGGCCCUGUGGAUGUGUCACGUUUCUCUAGCCCACGUCUGACACCUCGACUGAGCAGGAAGCGGGCACUAUCUAUAUCCCCGCUGUCAGAUGCCAGCAUUGACCUGCAGACCAUGAUCCGCACCUCACCCAACUCCCUGGUGGCUUACAUCAACAACUCCCGCUCCAGCUCUGCUGCUAGCAGCUCCUACGGCCACCUUUCUGUUGGAGGAAUCAGCCCCUCGUUCAGCUUCCCCCAUCCUAUCAACCCUGUGGCUUACCAGCAGCUGUUGUCCCAACAGAGGAGUCUCAAUGCCUUUGGCCACACGCCUCCUCUCAUCCAACCAUCACCGACCUCUUUCGCCGCUCGCCAACACCCCCUUACUGCUUCAACUAUGUCCACCUCCCACAACAGCUCCAACUCUGAAGCAAACCAGAAUGCCAGUGGAGACCCUGCAGUGAGUAGCACAGUCAACCCAUUGACCACCAAGAGGUCAAAGGUUAAGACGGAAGCAGAGGGUCCACUUCCCAUCUCUCCUUCCUCUCAGGACCACUGUGUGGGGAUCUUGGACCUGAGUGAGGAUCUGGAUAAAGACGAGUGCAAACAGGAGCCAGAGGCCAUAUAUGAGACCAACUGCCAUUGGGAGGGCUGUAGCAAGGAGUAUGACACCCAGGACCAACUAGUUCAUCACAUCAACAACGACCACAUCCACGGUGAGAAAAAGGAGUUUGUGUGUCGCUGGGAGGAGUGUUCAAGGGAGCAGAAGCCCUUCAAGGCUCAGUACAUGCUGGUGGUCCACAUGAGACGUCACACAGGGGAGAAGCCGCAUAAAUGCACAUUUGAGGGCUGUGCCAAAGCUUACUCUCGCCUGGAGAACCUCAAGACCCACCUUAGGUCCCACACCGGGGAGAAACCGUAUGUGUGUGAACAUGAAGGCUGCAACAAGGCCUUCUCCAACGCCUCAGACCGGGCCAAGCACCAGAACCGCACACACUCUAAUGAGAAACCAUAUGUGUGUAAGAUCCCGGGUUGUACCAAGCGCUACACAGACCCCAGCUCUCUCAGGAAGCAUGUUAAGACAGUCCAUGGACCCGAAGCCCAUGUCACCAAGAAACAACGGAGCGACGCUCCUCCAAGGCUGCAGCCACCCAAAGGCAACGGGGAGAAUGAGACAAAUUCCAAACUUGCUGCAAGAAGUAUGGAUGGCAAGAUUGAAGCCAACAGCACCUCUAGAGGAGUUGAAGACUGCCUACAAGUCAAAUCCAUUAAGACCGAGAACUCAAUGAUGUAUCAGUCCAGUCCUGGCGGCCACUCGUCAUGUAGCAGUGAGCCGUCGCCUCUCAGCAGUGCCAACAACAACGACAGUGGAGUAGAGAUGGCCUUGCACAGCGGGGGCAGCUUCGGGGACCUCAGCGCACAGGAUGAUUGCCCCAUGGUUGACUCCACUGUUCCUGCAGGGGGACAUCAGGCUGGGGUGGGGCUUCAGUUGAGGAAAGCUGUGGGUCAUGGUGGCGCAGUCACCAUCAAGCUGGAGAACAUCAAAAAGGAAAGGCUGAAGACAGUGAGGGACUCCUGCCCAUGGGUCAACUCUGCACCACAGCCCCCACAGGGCCAACGCAGCAGCAUGAAGCUGCCUCCCAUACCUGCAGUCGGUUCCCUGCUGGAGAGCUCCAACAUGAUAAGUAACUUAAGUGGUUCAUACCCUGGCCAACGAGUGGGUGACAUGUCUUCAUGCGAAGUAACACUGCUGAACCAGCUGAACGAGCGGCGGGACAGCACAACUAGCACCAUCAGCUCAGCUUACACUAUGAGUCGGCGCUCCUCCGGUAUUUCACCCUGCUAUUCCAGCCGCCGCUCCAGUGAGGCGUCCCAGUUUGGUGCUAACCGCCACAACAAUACUAGUUCGGCUGACUCCUACGACCCAAUCUCCACUGAUCUGUCUCGCCGCUCCAGUGAAGCUAGCCAGUGUGGAGGUGGUGGUGUCAGUGGAGGAGGCGGAGGAGGUCUACCAAGCCUACUUAGUCUGACACCAGCACAGCAUUAUCGACUUAAGGCAAAGUAUGCUGCUGCCAUUGGUGGAGCUCCACCUACUCCUCUCCCAAAUAUGGAUCGAAUGAGCCUGAGGACCCGAAUGGCACUCUAUAGUGAUUCCCAGGAGGGCUUAUCACACCCAUUCCAUCAACCACCCUCUGGAACUGUGCCUCGGCGAUGUAGCGAUAUUGGAUAUGGCACACGGAGCAUGAUGCCCCAUGAGGUACCACCCAACCUUCCACGUCGUGCAAGUGAUCCAGUGCGUCGUUCCACACUAGACCCUCUCUCUUUUCCAAGGGUUCAGCGAUAUAACAGCAUGAACAGCAUGAACCCCAUGAAUGGUCCAUCAGUUGAACGCCACCAAGUGCUGGCUAUGCAAGGCUACACUCGCUCUGAUGGCAGCCUACAACGCUACCCAUUUGCACCCAGACCACCGAGCAUUUCUGAGAAUGUUGCCAUGGAGAACAUGGCAGUAGAUGGGAUGAUAGUUGGGGGGGAGCAGGGUGGAGAGGAUGACAUGGUACUUCCAGAUGAUGUGGUGCAGUACCUUAGGACCCAGAAUUCUGGCCCCUCAGGUCACAACUCAGUGCAAGUGGACUACCAUUCCAACAAUCAGGCUCAGAACUACCAGGCAGGCAUGGCCCCACCAGCAUCAUUUUAUGCGCAGAGGAGGAUGGCCAUGGUGGAUGCCACCAUGACUCAGUCUGGUCAGGACAUGCAGUCUUGCCAGAUGGGUCAUGGUGGCUCCCAUCAGCCCUUCUCAGCACCAUCAGACAAUAUGAAAAAGAAUAACAUGCCAGUUCAGUGGAAUGAGGUGAGCUCAGGGACUGUGGACACCACAACCAAGCUAUCCAAACAGCAGCAGCAUCCUCUUAGGGGGAACCUAGCUGUUGUUCAGCAGAGGCACAAUUUUGGUUCCUACCAGGGACAAGGUCAAGGCCUGGGCAGCAACCAGCAGGUAGUGCCUAUGAGUCAGAAUAUGUCUUUGCAGGGGUAUGUGAACCACAACAGCCAGAGACUGAUCAACAUCCCCAACCAGCAGCAUCAGCAACAGAGGCAGUGCAACAGUGUGAACUUUAGUGAGCAAAUGAGUCCUCAGCAAGGAUUUGGCCAAGAGGCAAUCCCCAAUUCUAUAUCUGGGAGUACUAGCAUGAGACCUACCCGGAACAAUAUUGCAGAUCCAGAACUGCAAAAUUGCAGAGCAAGGACACAGAUUGAUGGGUAUUCUCAAGUAAACCAAGUUGAUCAGCAGCAAAAUUACAGCGUUUUUUCUCAGCAGCAGCAACAGCACAAUAACUACAAUGGUGGAAGAGGAAUGCUACAACCCAGGCCUCCAAUUGUGCCCAAGUCUGUUCCCAGACAACACACAGGGUCUAGCAUGAUGCAACCGAGCCGAAUACCCAAGUCAUCUGAUUUGUGCCCCAGUCAUGGUACUGACACCUCAGAGGCGAGUCCAAAGAGGCCCAGUGGCUCAGCAGCCCACAACAGCAACUCUGAAAAUCCAAACUCUGCUGUAUUUUACACAGGUCAGAUUCAAAUGUUUGAGCCGACGUUUGAUGCCCCAAUGUCCCCCACUGCCGGCCAGGCCCCUGCCUGCAACACCACUGCAGCACCUAACAUGGCCUCACCUGGAGUCAACCACGUCUCCAGCAGUACGGUGGAUUCUUCUACUGGCGGAUCUAGUUGCACGGAGCAUGCCCAGAUAGACUUUGACACCAUGCUAGAUGAUGGGGACCACUCCAGCCUAAUGUCAGGCACCCUGAGUCCUGGCCUUCUGCAGAGCCUCUCCCAGAAUUCCUCUCGUCUCACCACCCCUCGCAAUUCUGUCACCCUUGCGCCUGUACCUGCAGGAAUUGGCAACAUGGCCAUCGGUGACAUGAACUCUAUGCUCACAGCCUUGGCAGAAGAAAGCAAAUUCCUCAAUAUGAUAAGCUGAGAGCAUCAUCACCUCAUCACCCAUCCAGUCUUAAUCAUUUCUACAUCAGAAAUAUAUGGACUACACAAGCACUGAUUGAACAAUGCAAAACUGGUUAUUUCAUACAUUUCUGUUCUUGAUUGUCCAUAGUAAUAUGCUUAUCAUGUAAUAUUUGCUUCAGAUUAUAAUACGUUGCAUUAAAUAAAUAAUAGUAAGUAUAGUUAGGGUUAAGGACAAUUUCUAUCAUUGUUUAUUAAAAAGCCAUAUAUUUUACCUACAAAUAUAUGUUAGCCCAGGGUAUAUAAAGGCAUCUCUAAACAAUUGCCAUUCAGUGUUUGCUGGUGUAAUAGGCCUUUACAAAGUGGUGCACUGAGAACAGUUCACAUGUAGACCUUGGCUGAGGUCAUCAACAUUGAGUAUCUGAGUAUGAAAUGAAUGAGUUCACAGGAAAUGGACAUGAUAUGUAGAUAACAGAUAAUAUUUUGUCAUGAAGACCUUUAUGUGUAUAGAUUAUACUGUUUGGUACCUGCUUUAAGUUAUGCUAUAAACUUUUGAUGUUUAACCCAGGGCUGUCAAAGGUACAGUGGCAUAUGUACACCUACUAUUCAUUCACAAUGAAUCGUUAUUAAAGGGCAGGGUUGAUCAUUCUGUAUCUUCUCAGUAGCUUUCAUUCAGUUUAAAAUCCUAACAUUCACAUUUUGGUUGAAAUACAUAUGUUUUGGUGUCAAAAAGCUCCAUUCCCAAUGUAUCCUUAUCCACAUCCAGUGCGUAUUAGGGAUCGCAACUGGUACUUUCCUUCUUUGGAGAAGCAGAGCACUGGCCCAGAAUCUGACUAGUUUACUGCUGUUGACAACACAUUAGUUUAGAUCGGAGUCCAAAAGUCAUACAAUAAUACAAACCAAUUCACUGAAUGGUGGACCAACAACUCCUGUGUUCUGCAAGGUAAAACUACUGUUUUUGUCUGAGGAGUCUGAUGGGAGAGAAAGAGAGUGAUACAUACUGCUGUGGACACGGGCCAAAAGUAUUUUUAUCUGUUGAAGUGUAGGGUAUAUUUAGAAUAUUUUCACCCCUUUCCCUUGUACCCAGACCUGGAUACCGGACCCAAAGAUGGUGCCUGUUCAGUCCAGUGAGAAUUGCUUUCCUGGUGCCUAUGCCCAAAGCGUUUUCUGGCCUUUGGGUUAACUUCCACGUUAUGAGGCCCACUGAUUAAGCGCAGUAUUGUUUUGCCUUUUCUUUCAGCCCGACAGCUCUUCACAACAGAGAACUGUAGCCAUUAGCUACGCUCUCUACAAAGCAACCAAAAUCCAUUGACAAAAAUUGUAAUUUCACCUCACAAAACACAGGAGUAUUUUACCACCACCUCAUUCUGUUAGUUUGUUUGUGUAAAUGUGUGACUUUCGGACCCAAAGUAGCAUGACAUUUGCAGUUGUAACAUUAUAUUCUGUUUAUUGAACAUUUCAUGAUAUUCAUCAUGCAGCUAACCACAUAUCAACCACAUAUGUGCAAAAUCAAGCAUUUGACAGCUCUAGUUUAAACUCGUGGUUGUACAACUUUAUGAGCCACAGAUAUUAAGUGCUUUUUGAUCAUGGUAUGAACUCUUGGGGAUGGCACGGUAAAAUCAGAUUUCCUUCUUUGCCCUGAGGAUAAGAGGCAUUAAUUCUCCAUGGUCCCAUCUCACAAGGGUAAAUGAUUGAAAAGGACAAGGAUAUGCCUCUGUGUUAGUCUAUCAGGGCACACAAACCCCUAUGUCUGAUGAGGAGCAUUCUCUAAAAGAAUAUACAAGUACCUCUGUGUGUUCUCAGUAGAGAUCCAGUCCUAAUUAACACAUUCAUACCAGCCCCCUGCACUGCAGCCUAUACUUCCCCUGGGCUCUGAAGGAACUGCAGAGAGUCCAAGAAGGGACACAGACUUUGAAAAGAAACCCUGUUUCGGACAGGAUUGGCCAACUCGCCCUGCAAAUUUCUCCGUUUUAUAAUGUUUAAGUAGCCUUUAAAAUGUUUGUGUGUAUGCUUUCAUUCACUUUUACUAUGCUCAGUGUGUGUGUGUGUGUUUGUGUGAGUGUGUGUGUGUAUAUAGCUUUUGUACAUUUAAAAUAAACUAUCUCCCUUUUUUUU